AUGCACAAUGAAAAGGCUAGCAAUAUUGAUACGUUUGCCAAAAGGGCUUCUGACCCAGGCCCCGCAGGCGGCAGUGGCGGCGAGGGCAACGUUUACAAGGGCACCCACGAGCAUGUCGAGGACCUCGAGAUCACGACGAGUCGCCGCCUGUGGGUGAUCUUUACUUGGAUGGUGACGUGGUGGAUUCCUUCGCCGUUGUUGCAAUUCUGCGGCCGCAUGGGGCGCCCCGAUGUGCGCAUGGCCUGGCGCGAGAAGGUGGCCAUUUGCGUAAUCAUCGGGUUUAUGUGGGCCUUUCUUCUGUUCAUUAUCAUCGGCCUGGGCCUUAUAGUAUGCCCGCGCCAGUAUGUGUGGACGCUGGACGACGUGGCGGGCAAGAACACCGCAAAGAGCUCGUUUGUUGCCAUGCGCGGCUCGGUCUACGACAUCACAAACUUUAUGAAGCAGAAGCACGGUGACAGUGCCUACACCUCGACUCCAGAACUUAUGCUUGAGACGUACUCUGGCCAAGACGUCAAUGCGUCGUUCCCCAUUCCAGUUCGUGUCGCGUGCCCCCAGUUUGUCUCGGCGCAGACUGACCCCAAUUAUCUGUUUUUCUACCCGGUGUCGGGCGCCUCCGAGGUUGAUCCUAACCAGGCCAACAUGUUCCAGCACACAAUGAACCGGUCCCCCUUGUCCAAGGAGCUCCAGGACCCAAAUUUCUACUCAAAGUACGCACUGCCGACGCUUAAAAAGUUCAAGAAGGGCGGCAUCGUGUGGAAGUUCGACUGGAUUAAUGACAUGUACAUCGAGCAGUCCAUGUUCUGGCGCGUCAUUAACAAGGAGGUGUUCAACAUGCAGCCCUACUUUGACGCGGCCAAGAGCGGGCUCAACGUCAACAAAAAGUACAACCUUUUAGACGCCAGACUUGAGAAAAUCAUGGAUCAGGGCGGUUACGGCACGGCAGAUAUCACCAAGGACUGGGACGCGCUCAACUGGAACUCAACCGCCAAGCUCAACAACUACAACUGCAUGAAGAAUAUGUUUUAUGUUGGCAGAGUCGACGACCGCCAGAGCGUCCGCUGCCUGUUUACCAACUACAUGCUGCUUGCAUUUGCCUGUGUGCUCAUGCUUGUCGUAUUGGUCAAGUUUCUUGCCGCCAUGCAGUUUGGAAACAAGAAGCGACCCGUCCCUCCAAUCAAGUUUGUCGUUUGCCAGGUGCCCUGCUACACUGAGGACGACGAAAGCCUGCUCAAGACUAUCACCUCGCUGGCUGCACUUGAUUACCAGGACAAGCACAAGCUAAUUUUUGUCAUUUGCGACGGCAACAUUGUCGGCUCCGGCAACGAAAAGUCGACGCCGCGCAUUGUGCUGGAUAUUCUGGGCGUUGAUCCUGAGUACGAUCCACCGGGCCGCGAUUACCUUGCCAUUGCCGAGGGCUCACGCCGGCACAACAUUGGCAAGGUGUACUCUGGCCUGUACGAGUUUGAGGGCCACGUCGUGCCCUUUAUGGUUGUGGUUAAGGUUGGCACGCCCGACGAGUCCAACCGCUCUGGUAAUCGCGGCAAGCGCGACUCGCAGAUCCUGCUCAUGUCGUUCUUCAACAAGGUACACUUUGACCUGCCGAUGACGCCACUGGAGCUCGAGAUCUACCACCAGAUGCGCCAUAUCAUCGGAAUCAACCCGCGCGACUUUGAAUAUCUGCUGCAAGUUGACGCCGACACAGAGGUAAUGCCCGACUCGCUGUCACGCCUGAUUGCUGCCUGCUCGUCGGACCAGCGCAUUGCGGGAAUCUGUGGCGAGACCAUGCUGGGCAACGAGAGCAAGAGCUGGACAACAAUGAUGCAGGUAUACGAGUACUUUAUCUCCCACCACAUGGCUAAGGCCUUUGAGUCGCUUUUUGGCUCUGUCACCUGCCUGCCUGGGUGCUUCUGCAUGUACCGCAUGCGCAGUGCCGAGGGCAAGCCACUGCUUAUUGCCAAGCCUGUACUCGAGGCGUACUCCGAGCUGCAUGUCGACACGCUGCACAAGAAAAACCUUUUGUCGCUCGGCGAGGAUCGCUACCUGACCACGCUGAUGAUGAAGCACUUCCCGCAGUUCAAGUACAAGUUUAUCCACGAUGCAAAGUGCAAGACCAUUGCACCCGAGAAAUGGUCCGUAUUGAUGUCGCAGCGCCGCCGCUGGAUCAACUCGACCAUCCACAAUCUGGCUGAGCUGAUGUUCUUGCAGGACAUGUGCGGAUUCUGCUUCUUUUCGAUGCGCUUUGUCGUGUUCCUCGAUCUCUUUGGUACCAUCACGAUGCCAACAACCCUUGGGUAUUUCAUCUAUCUGAUCUACAUUGGAAUUACCGGUCUCGCUGACGUCGGCUACAUCUCCUUGAUCCUCAUCGGUGCCAUCUAUGGUGUGCAAGCCAUCAUAUUUAUUAUGCGACGUGAGUGGCAGCAUGUCGGCUGGAUGCUUAUUUACCUGUGUGCCUAUCCGCUGUGGUCGUUCAUCCUGCCAAUCUACUCGUUCUGGCACAUGGAUGACUUCUCGUGGGGCAACACGCGUGUUGUGGUUGGCGACGGCAAGCGCAAGCUCAUUGUUUCCGAUGACAAGCCAUUCAACCCCAAUUCCAUUCUCCAGCGC